CACACUCUUCACGGAAAGGCAACAUGGACAGCAGCAGAGCGAGGGCUCCUCCACCGAGUCCCCCGCAAGAGGACAUCAGAGAGGGGAAAAUAUAUGGAAAUGUUUUUGCAGAACUUGAAUCAAUUGAUUUGCCUUUGGGAACGACCUUAAGGUCUGUGUAUGAUGACCAACCUAAUGCACAUAAGAGGUUUAUGGAGAAGCUUGAUGCCAGAAUAAGGAACCAUGACAGGGAGAUCGAGAAGAUGUGCAACUUUCACCAUCAGGGGUUCGUUGACGCCAUCACAGAGCUCCUCAAAGUCCGUGCAGAUGCAGAGAAAUUGAUGGGCCAAGUGACCGACACCAAUAGAAGACUUCAAGACGCCGGACGAGAGGUGACUGCCCAAACAGAGGAGGUCAUUCGCUGCAGGAUUCAGCAGAGGAACAUGACCACCACUGUGGAGAAACUACAGCUAUGUAUUCCGGUUCUGGAAAUGUACAGCAAAUUGAAGGAACAGCUUGAAUCCAAAAGAUACUAUGCUGCGCUGAAAACCAUGGAGCAACUGGAGAACAUUUACAUCCCCAGAGUCAGCCAGUAUCGCUUUUGUCAAAUCAUGGCUGAGACGCUCCCUAAACUCCGUGAGGAGAUCAAGGAAAUCUCCAUGUCAGACCUGAAGGACUUCCUGGAGAGUAUCCGAAAGCACUCAGAUAAGAUUGGUGAAACAGCGAUGAGACAGGCCCAGCAGCACAGGACGUUCAUCAGUGCUGUUCAGAAGCAGGCGAGCCUAGGCUGUGCUAAACCUCUGUACAGUCUGAAUGGCAGAACAACCCUUCAGCACAACGGGCUGGUUGCAGGGGAUGCAGCUGAAGAAGAGGAGGCUGAUGAUGAAGUAUUGGUCCUGGUUUUAACAGCGCAGGAUCUGGUGGACUUCUCUCCUGUGUACCGAUGUCUUCACAUCUACACUAUACUGGGAGACAGAGAGACGUUUGAAAAUUACUACAGAAAGCAAAGAAAAAAACAAGCAAGGUUGGUGCUGCAGCCCCAGUCGAACAUGCACGAAACAGUUGAGGGCUACAGAAAGUACUUCAACCAGAUCGUUGGGUUUUUUGUGGUGGAGGACCACAUAUUACACGCCACGCAAGGCUUGGUGACCAGAGCGUUCACUGACGAGCUGUGGAACAUGGCCCUGUCCAAAAUCAUUGCUGUUCUCCGAACACACUCAUCCUACUGUAACGAUCCUGACCUGGUCCUGGAACUGAAGAACUUGAUUGUUAUAUUUGCAGACACGUUGCAGGGUUAUGGUUUCUCAGUGAACAGACUUUUUGACCUGUUGUUUGAGAUUAGAGAUCAGUAUAAUGAAACCCUGCUGAAGAAGUGGGCUCUGGUGUUCAGAGAGAUAUUUGAGCAGGACAACUACAGCCCCAUUCCUGUAGAAAAUGAAGAAGAGUACAAGUCUGUGGUCAGUAGGUUCCCCUUCCAUGAUGCAGAGAUCGAAAAGCAACCCUUUCCAAAGAAACUCCCCAUGUCCCAGUCAGUGCCUCAAAUCUACAUUCAGGUGAAGGAGUUCAUCUAUGCCAGCCUAAAGUUUUCUGAGUCACUACACCGGAGCUCUACUGAGAUUGACGACAUGCUUCGUAAAUCCGCCAACUUGCUGCUGACCAGGACGCUGAGCGGCUGCUUACAGAACCUCAUCAAAAAGCCCCAUAUAGGGCUAACCGAGUUGGUUCAGAUCAUCAUAAACACCACCCACUUAGAGCAAGCUUGUAAAUACCUGGAAGACUUCAUCACGAACAUCACCAACGUCUCUCCAGAAACCAUUCACACCACAAGACUCUAUGGGCUCUCUACUUUUAAGGAUGCGAGACAUGCAGCUGAAGGUGAAAUCUACACCAAGCUCAACCAGAAAAUUGACGAGUUCAUCCAGCUAGCUGACUACGAGUGGGGCAUGGCCGAGUCAGACGGCCGGGCCAGCGGCUACCUAAUGGACCUCAUCAAUUUCCUGCGCAGCACCUUCCAGGUUUUCACACACCUUCCGAAUAACAACAAUGAUCAUGCAGCGAUGUCGGGGAAGGUGGCUCAAACGGCCUGCAUGUCGGCCUGCAAGCACCUGGCCACCUCUCUGAUGCAGAUGUUGCUGGACACGGAGCUCAAGCAGAUCAGUAUGGGGGCCAUCCAGCAGUUUAACUUGGACGUCAUCCAAUGUGAAUUGUUUGCCAGUUCAGAGCCUGUUCCAGGAUUCCAGGGGGACACACUUCAGCUAGCAUUCAUUGAUCUUCGACAGCUCCUGGACCUGUUCAUGGUGUGGGACUGGUCCACUUACCUGGCGGACUAUGGCCAGCCCACCUCAAAGUAUCUUCGGGUCAAUCCAUCUACUGCACUAGCACUUUUGGAAAAAGUCAACAGAGGGAUGAAGGACACGAGCAAAAAGAACAACAUUUUCUCACAGUUCAGAAAGAAUGACCGUGACAAGCAGAAGCUGAUCGAGACGGUGGUGAAGCAGCUGAGGAGCCUGGUGAACGGCAUGUCGCAGCACUCCUAAACACAGCCCCUCUCCCAGCGGCUGCAUCACACCCCUCAGCUUUACCCCUGUGAAUGGGCUUUGUUUUAACAAUGUGAACGCGCGGUGCGGAGGGUGACCCACACCCCCCGGUUGUUAACUGAAGGCGAAGGCGGUUCAUUGAAUUUGUGCAAAGUUGUGCAACAGUCAGAGAACCCAUCUAAUUUUCAGUCAAAGCGGCUAUUAAGUACGUUAGAAUCUCUCCAGGAGAUUAUGUCUUCAAGAAGUCAGAUAAUGGAUAAUCCACUUCCUCUUGGGGAAAGUGAAAAAGUGAAAAAACUGGAUUUUCUAAAACUAAAAAAUACAGAGAAAAUGGAACUAACAACUGAACAAGACCUGGUAGGCCACCAAAACGGUCGCUAUCAGAUAAACAGACGUUAAAUAGAAAGAGAUCAUUUGGAUCAGGAGAGGUGGAAAAGGCUACACGCUAACGCUGAAAGCAAGUCGCCCUGAAGGCAUGGAAGGUGUAAGAGAAUUACACCUAGAGUCUUGAUACUUGUUGACGCUUUGGUUUUGUUUUACUGCUGAAAAUGAAUGACUUGUACUUAAUGGCCGUUUUCACUGGAAACUACACAAACGAAGAGUCCACAGUGCCGAAGCUGCUCCUGGUGAUGUAGUGUGUUAACACAGCUACGUUCCCUCAUGUUCUCUGCCAAAACGUCUCCCACUGUGUCGCUUCCCAUUUCUGAAUUGAUGGUGUAAAUAUGGGAUGAGGGGGGAGGCAGUGGGCUGAACACAAUGAAGCAGUCAUUUUUUCCUGUCAUGUAUUUUUAAUGGCUGAGAAUUAUGUUUUGUAUAUUGUGAAAUGAUUGUAUUGCUACAGUGGAGCGUGUUCAGAGUGCAGGUGUGGGAAGGCGAUGCAAGGGAUGAUGAAGUCCGCCUACGAGACUGAUGUUCACAUUGAUAUUGAGAUCUUUUUUAUUUUCCGUAGUGUAACGGGGGAUGUCGUUUUUACUGUAAAUAUUUUAAAUAUAUAACACUACUGUUAAAUCAUGCUUCCCACUGGUUUGGUCUGAGUGAAAUUAGGCUCUGAAUGGGGAGCCUGGUGGGGGAAAAAGCACUUUGCAUGAGUGUUUGAAGGCCAGGGGACCUUAUACGCUUAAAUCAGAGCCUCAUGUAAGGGAAGUUUCAUUUCUUUAGACACCGUGUACGAAGCAGCAGUUAGUUGCUUUGUGUCUAAAAAACGCUCCGUAGAAUUGUUUUAUUACAUUUUUAUUUCCUCAGGGUGAAACGAAAGCUUUUCAGUUUAACUGCUUUAGCAUCCCACACUAAGACAAAACGAAAAGAGCAAUAAUUGGUCCGGCUACAGUCACCGCACCCUGCACUCACAUUUAAAACGAUUUUAUGACUGAGUGAGUUGUUCUUGGUUUUUCAGCAGCCAUUUUGCACUGAAUAUUAUUUGUUUGCUUUUCCAAAAAAAAAAAAAGUCAUAUAUAUAUAUAUAUGUGUGUGUGUGUGUGUGUGGGUAUGUGUGGGUGGGUGGGUGUGUGUGUGUGUGUGUAUAUACAUGCAUACAUACAUACAUACAUACACACACACACACACACACGCUUCUGUAAUUAUGUCAUUGUACAUACCAUUUUUUUUCUCUUAAAAAAUGGAAUGUAGGGAUUCUCUACAUUAAAUUCAGGGAAGGGUUAUUCCAUUCCCUACAUCUGAAGUAUGUAAAGUAGAUUUUGAAAUUGUAUUUAAAAUUCUCGAUGAUGCCACAUGUGCUGUGCGAGGUUGAGCCGUUUUCUCCUCGGUUUGUGUCAUGGCUGAAACACAAUAAGCUACUUAAACCCCUCCUGCACCAUUUCAACGUCAAAAAACAAAAAUGUCCAAGAAAUGUCAGACUGGCAGUCAGCUGUAGCAUCUCUGCCAUGAACCUCAGUGAGCGCUCCCGGUAACUUGUUUCCAGAAUCCAUUUGUUUUUUCUUUGUGUGCUUUAAUAAAAUGUGGAUCACUGAAA